UUUUUGAUAUCUUUCAACAUUAUCAAUCAUAACUUAUUUUAUUAGUUUUGUAAAUAAAUAAAAAAAUCCAUUAUACGUCUAACAUGUCUCCUCUCUCUAUAUAAAUCAAACCAAGUUGUGCAUCUCCCUCACAACUCCAAAAAGCGUCGUAGCCUUAAAGAUGCCGGCGAACAACACACCGUUCCUCACCGUCUUCUUCCUUUUCCUCGGUUUACUCCGGUUCGAUUCAAUUCCCGGUUUAAAAGCAGCAACAUUGGCUUCGGUUCCGGGAGUAUACGUGUUCGGAGAUUCGUUGGUUGAUGCCGGAAACAAUAAUUACUUACCAUUUUCAUUAAGAAAAGCUAUUCUUCCACCCAACGGCAUCGACUUCCCUAGCAAAAAACCCAACGGAAGAUUCUGUAACGGAAAAAACGCCGCCGAUAUUAUCGCUGAGAAAUUUGGAUUACCAUUACCGCCGCCGUAUCUCUCACUAUGCUUACUUAGAAAAAGGAAUGCGAGAGAUGUCGCUGCCGUGAAAGGUGUUAAUUUUGCUUCCGCAGCUGCGGGAAUCUUUGAUAGCAAUGACCAAACAACUGGACAAGCGAUUCCUUUAUCACAGCAACUGAACAAUUGGCUCUCUAUUCAUCGAAACCUCAGGAGAAAGCUUGGAGCAUCCGAAGCAAAAACUCACAUAUCAAAAUCUCUAUUCGUUAUUAUCAUAGGCAGCAACGAUAUUUUGGAUUAUUAUAAUUCCUUGAAACUUCGGAAAAAGAGUAAACCUCAACAGUAUAUGCAAUCAAUAGCCAAUAAAUUCAAAGAGCAAUUGAAGAGAAUCCACGAGACUGGCACGCCUAGAUUAUUAAUAUUCGGGGUAGCACCGCUCGGUUGUGCACCGCAGCAAAGAGAGAAGAACUCGACGAUCCAUGAAUGCAACAAAGAGGCAAGCAUGUUUGCCUCUUUGUACAACGAAGCUCUAACAAAGAUGCUGCAAGAACUCAAACAAGAGCUGCAAAGCUCAAUGGCUUACUCUUACUUUGAUCUGUUCAAGUCCUUACAAGACAUUAACUCCAACCCUGAACGUUACGGUUUAGCUGACGCAACGUCGGCGUGUUGUGGACGUGGAAAACUAAAUGCGGAUAUUCCUUGUGUGCUUCCGUUCGCGAGGGUUUGUUCGGACAGAACAAAAUAUCUCUUCUGGGAUUACUACGGUCAUCCCACAGAAGCGGGUGCUCGUGUUAUCGUCGAUCUUAUGUUUGCUAAUGAUUCACAAUACAUGUUUCCUUUAACUCUCUCUCAGUUGGUCUCUCCAUGAUCAAUACGGCGUUGUUUUGCAUCUUUAGUGUGGUGUUACAUGACAAAUGAAAUUUGGAGAACCUUUGUUUUUAUUAACAUUUCGUACUGUUUACUGCAAAAUAAGAAAGUAUUUGGAGACUUUGAUUUGUCAUAUAUAUGUACUCAUUUUGUAAGUUGUAAGUAAUAAUAAGUUUUUGGCCUUUUC